AGAAAGAUGGCGCCCACACACGUCCUGAGAUGCUGUCAACGGGGUUUAGCAUGGAUACCUGUGAUUUUUAUCGCCCUGGUCGUCUGCUGGUCGUAUUACGCCUACGUGGUGGAGCUUUGUAUAUUCACCAUCCCCAGUAUAGGAGAGAAAAUUGUCUACGUGAUCUUCUUCCACCUCUCUUUCAUCAUGUUUGUAUGGUCUUACUGGAAGACCAUUUUCACCAACCCUGCCAACCCCUCCAAAGAGUUCUGCCUGCCCAAAGCUGAGAAGGAGCGUUAUGAGAAGGAAGAGAGGCCGGAGACCCAGCAAGAGAUCCUAUGGAGAGCCGCCACCAGUCUGCCUAUGUACACCCGCACAGGAGCCGGAGCAAUCCGUUAUUGUGACCGCUGUCAAGUGAUCAAGCCCGACCGGUGUCAUCACUGCUCCGCAUGUGACAUGUGUGUGCUGAAAAUGGACCACCAUUGUCCCUGGGUGAACAACUGUGUCGGAUUCUCCAACUACAAGUUUUUCAUCCUCUUCCUGGCUUACUCGCUGGUGUACUGCUUGUUCAUUGCGGCCACCGUGCUGCAGUAUUUCAUAAAGUUCUGGACAAAUGAGCUGGCAGACACUCACGCCAAAUUCCAUGUCUUGUUUCUCUUUUUUGUGGCGGCCAUGUUCUGCAUCAGUAUUCUGUCCCUCUUCAGCUACCACCUGUGGCUUGUAGGGAAGAACCGGUCCACUAUAGAGGCGUUCAGAGCACCAGUCUUUAGGACAGGCUCUGAUAAGAACGGCUUCUCUCUGGGUUUCCGGAAGAAUAUUGCGCAGGUCUUCGGAGACCAGAAGAAAUACUGGCUGCUGCCGAUCUUCACCAGUCAGGGAGACGGUCUGACGUUCCCUGCACGGCUGGUCAACGCAGCAGAUGUAGAGCAGGCCACAGUGACCCUGCAGCCGGAGCCCAGUAAAAGUGCUGUCGAAGUCCCUGUGAGUCCUGUCAGCGAGUCACAGAACCGCCUCCUGAGCAACGACCAGCAUGCCAACAACAUCGGAGACCAUCAGGCUAAUAACACCCUCAAAUCAGCUGACAGUGAAACCAUUACAAUCUCCAUGGAGAACGAGUCCUAACCAGGACAAACUCCUCCGUCAUCUAAUAUGAUGCCUUAAGCAACGCAACAUUUUAGUUUGUCACCACGGCAACAGUCUCCCAGCGCAACCCCAUCCCCACAGACCCGUUCAGAGUAACUAUGGAAAUGCAUUUUUUUAUUUCGCACAGUAAUGCAUAUAUGGCAUUGGCAUUUUUGCAUGCAGUGUCCUAAGCAAAUCUCACACCCGCCAUCAUUGGAAAUGAUGUGAUACAAGCUUGUUCCCUCUCACACCACAACGUACACACACACACACACACACACACACACACACACGCGCUUACACUCAUACAUUCAACUGUACACAUAUUUCCUUGUGUUGUUCAGAUUAAGUUUUCUCACAAGUGGAGCAUUUAUUGAUGAUGAAAAGAUUCAAGAAUUCCAGAAGGAAUAUGAGCUACUUAUGGUGUUUAAUGAGAAACUUUUUAAUGCCUCGAGCUUCCUGGGUGCACCAGGACUCAUUUUAUAGGCACAAAGCUGCAGUGAAGAGUGUGCGUCAAGCUGGAGCAGUGUGUUUGUUUUCUCUCCCGUGUUUUUUCUUUUUGUGUUUUUUUGAAAGGCAGUGCAUCCUCAAGGAGAUGGAUCAGUUUACCUGUGUGACAGUUUUUUGUCUUUUAUUUUAAAUUCAUAAUGUUGGAGCGCAUAUGUGGUCUUGAACUUUUUCAGAUGGAUGUUUCCACCAAAACCUGGACUAUCUUACAGACUCACACUCUACUGUGUGAUUUCAGUGAACUGAACCAGUGCAAAACAGGGAGGACUGUAGCUGGUUUUGGAUGGCGUGUUUGGAUAUCACAGCACAAGGUGGCGCAUUUGCACUUUGUAGAUUAUCAAUGUCCAUCAAACAAUGUGCUGCUUUUUCUUUUUUUUAAAUCACGUCCAAAAGGCAUCCCAGGUGUAACAGAUGUUGGAUGAUCAUGUGAUUUACGGCGUAUUGUUUGAGAGAAUGUGUGUAACAGUUGAAGUGGCAGUCCUUUCUUUUAAGAACUAGCAGCAACUAAAAUAAUCUGCUUAAAAUGUUUCUUUGUGGCAAACUUGUGUUAAAUCAUGCUGCUUAUAAAUGACCUGGGAGAUGUAUUUCAAACAGUGCAAUGUGCAGCAUCCGUCACUAAGUUUUUCUUUUAGAGUCCUAUGUUAGUAUGUCAUGCCGCAACGUCGACAGCCUGUUUUUCUACAGCUCAGUGUUUCAGCCUUUAAUAAGACACCAACACUCAUUGCCAAAUAAGGGCUGAUCUGUCAGGAGCUCUGACCUCUGAACCUGAAGUGUUUACAACAUCCUAGCUUUAUCUUACACCCACUGGUCAAUGUUAUCAUAACCAAAUUCUCAAGUCGUGGCGGGGCAUUAUUUUAUACAACAUGUGUCCAUCCAUCCUGCCUGUAGCGGGUCAUGAUGUCCUUGCAAUACCAGCGCUGGCCGACAGGUGGCGACACAUCUCCUGUUAUCUGCCCCUCCUUCAGAUGGAGAUAAUUCUGAACUUCAUCAACAUGUGGCUCAGGGCUCAAUUCACUUUCAGUCUAAUAACGCAGGUGCAGCUUUCUUCAGAACUAAAUAUUAAAUAACAUGCAAUUAAAAUGCGUUAUUUUCCUGUUAUUACUCAUCCAUAUCUCAUUUGAAAUGGAAGUGAAUUGAACCCAUCUGAUCUGACGUGAAAGAGAGGUGUGGACUACAGCUUCUUCUCACCUCGUCUACUCUAUAUGUACUUGGGUGUGAGCUCAGUGUUGUGAACUUGAACUGCUAAUUAAGCCUCUUGUGUCGGUGUUGAACAUCUGGGAAGUGUCAGUGACUCUGAGGGUCAAGCAACAUCUGUAAAGGAAGAAUUUUUUAUUAGAUUUCAUGACUUGACAUGUUAAUAUCUGUUAAAGACAAUUUUGUCAGUGUAACCAAAUAACAAUUGUUCAGGAUUUAGUUUCGUCCUUUUCCCAAGGAAUUUUGUUAUUUAUAUGCAACUUUCCGGUUCACAUCUGAGGGAUGCCCGGCAAAUUCCUGAUGUCUAUCAUUGCUCAUGUCUAUCUGAUCACAUCUCUGACUUUUGCUUGAAGAGCCUCCUACUAACUAGAUCCCGCCCGACUUUGGUGGUUUACAAGUUUACAGCUGUUUCUAUCGUGCAGAGUGAGUUAGUGGUGUUGUACGGUGUGUUUUGUUUUUUGUUUUGGUAAUCAUUGUCACAGUUGUGCUGAAUGUACCACAGACGGGUCAUUUGAUGGAAUGAUGGGGCAUAGUUGCACAUCAGCCACUAAAAUAGCGCUCACUGUAGUGGCUGAUGUGCAACUAUGCCAUCAAAACCCAUGCAUAUACAAGAAAACAACAUUUGAAUAGCUGUCCACUGUAGUGACCUCUAUGCAUGAAAGGGUUAAAAACAGCCCCCUCUUUGUUAACGUUUUAUCCUUCCAAUCAUGUUUUACCUUUUGAGCCAAGUAUUAAUUAAGUAUUUGCAAACCAAUGAUUGGAAGACAUUUGUUUAUGUUUGGAUCAUGCUCAUGGGGGCAAAGUAUCAGAAAAACACUGUGAUUCAAUCUCAAUUUAGCAGAUUAAAUUGCUGUCCGAGUUCAUGAUUCAAGCCAAGGUUAUGAUCCAAUCAUGUGUAGAUCUCCUUAACCCUCACACUAAACAUUUAGUUGAAGAAAAAGAUAAAAUAUGUACGUUUUGCAUCAUCUGUAAGGAGCCUGGCUCGUUCCACUCAUCACUUAUGGCCACCGAUUCUGAAACAUUGGACCUGUCGUCUUGUUGUUUUACAAAAUGCCUAUAUUCUCUCUGGGCUGUUUGGCCUUCAGACUAAAGUGUGCGUGUGUGUUUUGUAAUGCUUAAUUGAGUGUAAUUUUGUAAUAUUGUCGUCUUGGAAGAAAUGCUUCUGUGCAGCCAUGAGAUUUUUACAUGUCUGUGUACAUACAUAACGUCUGACUAAUGCCCAAAAGCAUGGCGCCUAAAUUGCGCAAAAAUGUGUUUUUACCAUGACAAUGGGGAUUAUGGUGUUAAAACAAACAUUUAGGUUUUUCACAUAUUGCUAGAUGCGUCAUGUUUUAAAUUAGCUUUACUGUGGUUUGUCUAAACUUUGUAAACAAAGCCAUAAAACCUGCUGUGAAACAGAGGAAGGAUCUGAAUUUUUUUUAUUUUACUAAAUAACCAUUUCACAUCUGUAUUCACAUUGCAGAUGUAGCCUAUCAUAACUUGCUUAUUGCUACACUUUUUGGUUCCUUUUUGUUACAAUGUCCUAUUUUACAAUGUGUGUAUAUAUAUAUUGAUAAUGUAAGAAAAAGACUACAUAUAUAUUUUUCUUGUCUGAUUAAUUUUACUGUUCCUAUUUUGUGAAUGAAGUAAAUGCCUCUACACAAUUACCGUGAAAAUAACAAUAAAUGUUUUUUUAAACCUCC